UCUCUCUCAAUUCAAAAUUUUGGACACUAACAAAUUCGCCAUUCACCUUCUUUCUCAAGUCUCAACCUACUUCUAGUUCUACACUUCUACACUAUCAGUGUUCAAUUUGUUCCAUCAAGUGUUUCCUAUGAUGAUGCCAUUACCAUGACGGCUGGACUACUACUACUAGUGGUGUUCGAAUAGUAUCCGAUAUGCAUUCAAUUCAGAGAUACAACUACUUCCAUGGACGGGGAGGCUAAGCCUAAGCUUCCGAUCUCCGAUUCCACUCUGUUCUCCAACUCCUCAUCUUCUUCUCAACCAGAUUUUCUCCGUAAUGUUCAAGCCGCUUUCAAACGUCACCGCUCCAUUGGUACAAUGCAAUCAACUAAUUUGUUGCCUAGACGUAGUGUGGCACCACAAAGGGUUAUCUCGAAAAACUCGGAUUUGUAUUCUGGGUUAACAGUUGAGACUAAGAGGUGCGUUGAAGUUGAUUCUGAUGUUAAGAACUUUGAUGGAAGAUCGAGUCAGAGAGCUUCUGUCAUGGUUGACUCUCAGGAGGAUGCUUCAUUUACACCUCCUUCCAUCUCGGGCACCGUUACAAGUAUGUAUGAUGAGAAGUAUAACCCAUUUAGCGGGUGCGUGAAGGAAGAUCAACCUGUGGAUAAUUCUAAAGAUAUUGACAUGAAUGAUUCAUCCUAUGUUGAAUCAAAACAUUGUCAGACGGAGGGUUCGAAGAAAGUGAAGUUUUCAUUGUCAUGUUCAGCUAUCUCACAGGGGGAUGGUCAAAUUACCACCAGAUUGGAUUUGGAUACCAGAUUGGACAACUUAUCUUCUCAUAUGGAUUCACUUGCAUUGACAGAGAUGGAAUGGGAGGCAGCCAAUCAACCAGAGAAAUCAAAUGUCAAUAAAAAUGAACCAAGACAUCGAAAUCUUGUUGGCGCAGAUGCUGAUGGUGUUUUGAAAGCUGAUGGAGGCCCUUCUGCACCAGCAACAAGAAUGUCAGCUCAUCAGAACCAGCUACACCACUUGAGGAAUUUUCUCCAUAAUGAUGCAAGCCAUCCAAUGACCCAAUCUUCUGUAGUGGGAUCAUCUUGCGCUACCACAACAUACCUUAAUGCAACAUCUGCACCGAUUCUUAACUCAACAACAACUCAUUCUGCAUGUCCACACCAUAGUUCAUCUGUAACAGCCUCGGCUGUUACCGAUCUGAAAUCUCAUAACAUAGCCCAAGGAGAUGUCAUACAACAAGGAUGUCCUACAUCUGUGCUUGUUAGCGGAGUUAAUGCUGACAGGGAACUCAGUGGAGCUCAAGCUUCUAGCUCCACAACAAAUGUCUUGGCACAAGUUGAAAAAGUCGAUGAAAUCAACUUGUUGAAGCCAAGCCAAGUGCAGAAAGAUCCAUCUCAAAAUCAAUUUCAGUCCACAAUAGAGAAAGCAAAACGGGGUGAUGCUUCCAUUAUCCCCCCACCUUGCUCUACAUCAAGGGACCUUGCUUCUGAUGCAAAGCUGGAGCCUGCUAAAUCAGAGAAACAAGAGAAGGUACCAUCUCGAAAAAAGGGUGGUGAUCCUGACUUGUUCUUUAAGGUGAAUGGUAAACUUUAUCAAAGGCUUGGCAAGAUAGGAAGUGGUGGAAGCAGUGAAGUUCAUAAAGUUAUUUCAUCUGACUGUACAAUUUAUGCCCUGAAAAAAAUAAAACUUAAAGGUCGUGAUUAUGCAACCGCAUUGGGAUUUUGUCAAGAGAUCGUCUAUUUAAAGAAGUUAAAGGGGAAAGAUAAUAUUAUCCAACUUAUUGAUUAUGAGGUCACAGAUAAAGCUUUACUUCACGAAGUCAUGAAUGACACAUCCAGUAACAAGGACAACAAAGUAAAGGAUGAUGGAUGUAUUUACAUGGUUCUUGAGUACGGAGAAAUUGAUUUGGCUCACAUGCUGUCACAAAAGUGGAAGGAAAUUGAACGCUCGAACUCAACUAUGGAUGAAAACUGGCUUCGUUUUUACUGGCAGCAAAUACUCCAAGCUGUGAACACAAUUCAUGAGGAGCGUAUCGUGCACUCGGACCUAAAGCCAGCUAAUUUCCUCCUUGUCAAAGGUUCAUUGAAGCUCAUUGAUUUUGGCAUUGCUAAAGCUAUUUUGAGCGACACAACCAACAUCCAACGGGAUGCCCAGGUAGGUACAUUGAGUUAUAUGUCUCCUGAGGCAUUCAUGUGCAAUGAGAGUGAUGCGAAUGGGAACAUUAUAAAGUGUGGACGACCAUCAGACAUAUGGUCUCUUGGUUGCAUUCUUUAUCAAAUGGUUUAUGGACGGACACCCUUUUCAGAAUACAAGACGUUCUGGGCUAAAUUCAAAGUUAUCACUGAUCCCAAUCAUGAAAUCACGUAUGGUCCAGUUUCUAAUCCUUGGCUUCUUGAUCUUAUGAAGAAGUGCCUUGCAUGGGACCGCAAUGAAAGGUGGAGAAUUCCGCAGCUUCUUAAACACCCGUUUCUUGUUCCUCCUCUACAGCAGCAGUUGUCCUCUGCACAAGAGCAGAAUUGUACUUUUAUUCAGUUGAUUAGUGAAUCUUACACAAAUGAUGAGAAUGUCUCAAAUUUGUGUUUUGAGCUCCAAAAUAUACUAGGAGAUCGAACAGCAGCGUCUCGAGAUCAGCAAGUUAGAUUACUGUCGCAUAUUUCAAAUAUCUGCCAUCAACUCCAGGAGAACAUUACAAAGACCAAAUAGGUAAAACGUUAAAGAAUAUGCUUAGCUCUUUGAUUUAUGUUCUUUUUACACCAAAAGAUUUACGCUUUGUUUGGAUUGAAGGUAUGAGGGAUUUGGAAAGAAGCGAUUUGAAGGGAUUAGUUUUCUUGAUUUUGUUGAGGACCAAAUAUCUCUAGAAGUAAAAAGAUAUGGAAGGAAAAUAGGUUUUUUCUUACUCUCUUCCUUUCCCUCUUAACCUUCCCUCUCUUCUUCCUUUUCGUUUUCCUCCUAAAUUCUUAUUCAAAUAUAUAGUAUUUUGUGAAUAGUUUCCUGAGUCAUGAAAGUAUUAUCACUAGGCCAUUCAACCAAUUAGUUGAGUCUUGAAAUGUUUAUGAUGUACACUCUUGUAAUCUCCAUGAAAGUCAUGUAACUCCUAUUUUUAGCCAAUGAGUAGUAGAGUUGCAAAAAAUGCACUCAUUCUAA